UACUUCAAGCACAAGCAACACAGAAGAAGACGCUGUGCAAUACAAAGAGCACUCACUCGAUCGGCCUUGAAAGAAUAUUUCAUCAAUAGUCUUGCUUUGUCAGAUUUACUUUGCUGUCUUAUUAGCCUUCCCUUAGUUACAGCUGAAAUGUUCAUUGACUUUGUUCACAAUGACUGGAUUUGUAAAGUCAAUCGCUUCCUCAACUUUAUUUUCCCAGUUAUUACGAUUCUGAACCUAUUAGUCAUCGGAAUAGAGAGGUAUUUUGCUAUUUUUCAUCCAUUUAAAGUCCUUGCUCGUCACAAAGCUAAGAAAAUAGUCAUGGGAGCUUGGGUUUUAGGUGUUUUGUUAACGCUUAUCCCUAUGCCCACAUACAAACUGAUAUAUUUUGAGAUUGAAGAAAAUUCGUACACUUUGAUUUGUAAAUACGAUAAUACUCUUCCUCUAUACAGAUGUUUAUUCAUUGCUUUUAUUACCAUUUGUUAUAUAAUACCAAGUAUUAUUUUAAUUUUUGUCAAUCUUCGCAUUUUAAAGUUUGUACGUCGCAAAAGAUGUCGUGUUGCUCCUUUGCAGCAAGUAAAAACCUCGAAGCGAACACCUUCCCAAACCAGUCGCUUCAAGGUUACAAGAAUGUUCAUGUGGCUAAUACUGGCAUUUAUCAUCCCAUAUUUACUUUUUAUCGUAUACAAUGGAUUAGUGAUGGUGUUAAGGCCUACGAUUUCGUUUACUAGUGAUUAUUUAGCUAGAUAUGCGAGUGCUUUUUUUGGAUUUUCCAACGGUGCUGUUAGCGCGGCUAUUCUCUUUCAUAAUGAAAAAGACUUGAAAAGAAGGCUAGGAGACAUGUUGUGCAACAAUUGUAACCAAUCGCAAAUUUAUCCAGAUUUCCCAGCUGAGAGUAAUCCUUAGCAAACCUCUAGCCGAG